AUGCCUCGUCAACGCCGUGGUGCCGCCCCUGCGCCUACUCCUGCCCGCAGCGCUCCCACCAGACCUACCGUUGCUCCGGCCAGACCGGCCGCUGCUCCCCACGCUCAGCAGCACCAGCCUCACUCGACGGCUGCUCACCCUCCUGCCCAGCAGGCUCCUCCCCCCAUGGCUCCAGUCCAGCAGAGCUCCGGCCCCGGACUGUUCGGCCAGAUGGCCUCGACCGCUGCUGGUGUCGCAGUUGGUUCUUCGAUCGGGCAUGCCAUCGGUGGCUUCUUCAGCGGAGGCUCUAGCAGCGCCCCUGCUGAGACACAGCAGGCUGCCCCCGCUCAGGCUCAACCCAUGGACAGUGCUCUGUGGCAGGGCAGCGCCACCAACAGCUCCUGGGAAAACCCCGCCUGCGAGACGGACGUUCGCAACUUCCGCAAGUGCAUGGAUGAGAACCAGGGAAACAUGACCAUCUGUGGAUGGUACCUCGACCAGCUGAAAGCCUGCCAGGCUGCGGCUAAGCAGUACUAA